GUUCAGUUCAACGGAUUUAGUUACUGGUGGCAAAACAGCUUGCGUCCUACAGCUUCACGCUAUAUAUCGAAAGCCUGAAAAAGUGUCGAGCGAAGAACUCUACAUGCGGAUCAUAAUUUACAUUUUGGAAAGUUCCACAACUAGUGCAUUUAGAGCCAAAGGAGCAACGCAUAAUCAGUCAUAAUUCCAGUGAAUUUCCAAAUGGAAAUGACUACAGAAUCACCAGCAGUGAAAACUAAUUCAUUUUGGGCCAUAAAUGACUCCAUUACCACUGAAACAUCGGAUGGCCUCAGCUGUCAGUCGUAUCAAAGCGAUGGUUCGAUAACAAAAGGAUUGAAAAUAUUCUCCUACUGUAUCAUCCUGUUUCUCUCUGUCUUUGGGAAUUCUUUACUCAUCGUAAUAAUCAAGAAAAAUAAGCGGAUGCAAACCAUCACCAAUUAUCUCAUCGCUAAUAUGGCGGUCUCAGAUAUAUUAAUAACAGUUUUAGCCAUCCCUCGACAAAUCACGGAAAUAUUACGCGGUCCUAGUAUUUGGUUGAUUCAGGGAAAUUUUGGCUCUUUUCUCUGUAAAACUGUGUCUUUCUUUCAAGAUAUUUCAACAGCAGUGUCAAUUUUAAGUCUCGUCGUCAUAGCUAUCGACAGGUACAGAGGAAUUGUGUUCCCUUGGCGGAAACCACUGAUAAAGCCAGCGAAACUCUGCAAAGUUAUCAUACCGUUAAUUUGGCUUGUUUCUAUGGGUCUACACGCUGUUUAUUUCUAUACUUUUCGUGUAAUAACAAUCCAUGAUAAAUCCCAGUGUAAGUUGAGCUGGGCUCCCAAGUUUGAUCAGAAGGACGCUCAGGAGAUCUAUUAUGCCAUUUUAUUGGUGCUCCUGAUCGCUAUCCCAACAUGCGUACUUACGUCGCUGUACUCCGUAAUAAUCCUGAAUCUUAAAAGAGGGAUAAAAAGAUGUAAAAGUCUUUCUAAUUUCGUUACGUCUCAGAGGCUUAAAGAAGACACAAAAGUGGUGAGGAACAUACUGGCAAUUCUUAUCGCUUUUAUGGUUUGCAUUAUCCCAAUCAACGUUUUCGCUAUCCUACUGUACUUUGUUUGGGACUGGAAAUUGCCUUGUGGUAUGGAAGGCUUCGUUUUUGCCGUUUAUUUCAUUUUAUAUUUAAAUGCUUCAGUGAAUCCGUGUAUUUAUUUCACUUUCAAUGAAAAAUAUCGUCAAACUUUGUUAAACAUUCUAAAGGCCCUUAUUAGGCGAUCGAAACCCAAGGCAGUGGUAGAAAAACAAUCAACUGAAUCCACGACGCUAGUAACACCACGGAAAACAUCUUAAUCCGAGGUAACAUGGAAACUUGGAAUUGACUUUCAUUGUAUGCUUCCAGACGUUUCAAUGAAAAUUUCGUAUUUCACUUUUUAUGAACAAUUUAGGAAACAAUCCGUUAUAUCUCUCUCCAUGAAUUAAUAUCAUCUCGCCUAUUUCCUUUCAUUCUUCUUCAAGAAAUGGAGGGACCACUUGAACCAUUGAUAAAAAAGAAUUUGGCGCAGGAAACCUCGCGCGAUGAAAAGAUUUCAAAGCAAAAAAAAAAAAGCAUUGCUUUUUAUUUUUUUUGAAAUAAGCCAUCCCUCUAUGGAAAAUUUUAAUUUACGACACAAAAAUCUCAGUUCAAAGCUCAAUAUCCACAGAAUGUAAACACUUUCAAGUUAUCAAGUAGCUGCUUCUGGGACGGAAAAAGACCUCACGACACUACUAUUUAUUUAACUUCAACUUGUUUUCAAUAAGCAGAAUUUUCGCAAAGAUGGUACAUUUUGAGAUUAGAUGUUAUUUAUUGGGCACGAUUUCCUGAUUCCCACAUAAAAAAAAUUGAACUUCACUUUCGGAUUUCGCCAUAGGAUUCUCUACCACAAAGAAACAUAAAUUGCCGAUAAGCUAGGUUUUAAACUAAUUUGUAUGCGACAGUUUCCAGCAAACAGCUAGGAUAACCAAUUUCGAAAUCGUAUGUAAUGUAAAUACCUUGAGCUCAGUUGUCAAAUAAAGAAGAUGUUAUCCAUCA